GCACACUGAUGAGUUCGCGGCCCCAUUGUGCUCGCGGACCGUCGCGGCCCGCUGCGCUGCGGUUCGGUGCGGUUCGGCUCCGUCGGGCCCCGCCCCCCAAGGCAGCCCUGCCCACUCCUCCCUCCUUGUCCCCGGGCCAUGGAUCCGCGGCCGCGCGCGCGCUGAAGAUCCCGCGCAGCCUCCGCGCAGCCGCGCGCGCCCGGCGCCGCCAGGGCCAUUUUGGGUCGUUCGAGACGCGCCCACCGCGGGCCUGGAGGAGCCGACCUGCGCCCGCCCGCCACCGAUGAGCUCCAUGAACCCCAUGAAACCCUCCUUGCCGCCCGCGCCCCACGGUGAUGGUUCAUUUGCAUACGAGGCUGUUCCUUGGCAACCGAGCACCAAUCAACCGGCGGGAUCCCUCUCCGUGGACACCGUCUGGGGGGUCAGCAACACCUCCCAGAGCCAGGUUUUUGGCAGCCCCAUGGGCCCUGGGGGGAGCAGCUCCAGCACCCCACUGCUGCCUGGCAUGGCUGGCACUGGCUCGGGCAUGAGCUCGCCGCCGUUCAUGCCGCAGCAGCCCUUUACCGAGGGGGCACCUGGGAAAGGCUACAUGCAGCCAGGUGUCUAUGGCCGCAGUGCCUACCCCGGCGGACCAGGCUUCACCGCGAGCUAUGCCGGAAGUCCUGGCACCCCUGCUGGGAUGGGGAUUCCCUCACAUACCAGUCGCCCCCCCGCUGACUUCACCCAGGCAGCUGCUGCUGCUGCUGUGGCUGCUGCUGCUGCCACAGCCACAGCUACGGCAACGGCAACGGUGGCAGCGCUGCAGGAGAAGCAGAGCCAGGAGCUGAGCCAGUUCAGCGCGAUGGGGGCAGGGCAGCCAUUCAGCAGCCAGUUCCUGCCUCACGCUGGCCCCCGUGGCCCUGCCACCAUGAGCCCUGCUGGCAUAGCAGGCAUCAUGGCUCCUUCCAGCAUCUCCCCCAUGAACAUGAGCCCUGCACGGGCCUCCGGUGCCAGCCCCCUUUAUGGUGGUCAGCGGGUGCCCCAGCAUGCUUAUCCUGGCUCCCCCGCGAACCAGCAGCUCUCCCGUCAGGGCCUGAAGCGGGCGUACUCCAGUGAGGGAUACCCAGCACAGCAGUACCUUCAGGGAGCGCAGUACGCUGCAGCUGGUGCCCAGUACAUCCCCAGUGCCCCCCAGCCCUCUGCUCCGUCCCCCUCCUUCCCUGGUCACAGGCUGCAGCAGGGAAUGAGCCAGUACCUCUCAGCCUCGGGCACCGCUGGACCCUAUUACAAGACAGCUGAGCAGUUCGAUGGGCAGAGCACCGGCUUCAGCUCCUACAGCCAGGUGGCGGUCACUGGGCCAGGCCGGGCGCUGCCGGGCUACCCCAGCUCACCACUGGCCGGGAACCCCACAUCACCCAUGACGCCAGGCAGUGGCCUCCCCCCCUAUGCCUCCCCGGGCCAGGAUGUCAAGUCGCCAUUCCUGCCAGACAUGAAGCCCAGUGUCACCUCCCUGCACUCUUCCCCCUCGGGGCCGGCCCCCGGGGAGGAGCUGCGGCUGACCUUCCCGGUGCGGGACGGCGUGGUGCUGGAGCCCUUCCGCCUGCAGCACAACCUGGCCGUCAGCAACCACGUCUUCCAGCUGCGUGACUCCGUGUACAAGACUCUGAUGAUGAGGCCCGACCUGGAGCUGCAGUUCAAGUGCUACCACCACGAAGACCGGCAGAUGAACACCAACUGGCCGGCCUCCGUGCAGGUCAGUGUCAAUGCCACACCGCUCACCAUCGAGCGUGGAGACAACAAGACCUCCCACAAACCUCUCUACCUGAAGCAUGUCUGCCAGCCUGGCAGGAACACCAUCCAGAUCACUGUCACCGCGUGCUGCUGCUCCCACCUCUUUGUCCUGCAGUUGGUGCACCGGCCGUCGGUGCGCUCGGUGCUGCAGGGGCUCAUCAAGAAGCGCCUGCUCCCUGCUGAGCAUUGCAUCACCAAAAUCAAGCGCAACUUCAGCAGCGGGACCAUCCCUGGACCCAAUGGCGAAGAUGGUGUGGAGCAGACAGCCAUCAAGGUGUCCCUCAAGUGUCCCAUAACUUUCCGGAGGAUCCAGCUUCCUGCCAGAGGCCAUGACUGCCGGCAUGUACAGUGCUUUGACCUGGAGUCCUACCUGCAGCUCAACUGUGAGAGGGGGACGUGGCGGUGCCCUGUCUGCAAUAAGACAGCCCUGCUGGAGGGACUGGAAGUGGACCAGUACAUGCUGGGCAUCCUGAUCUACAUCCAGAACUCGGAUCAUGAAGAGAUCACCAUUGACCCGACGUGCAGCUGGAAACCUGUACCAGUCAAACCUGAUCUCUAUGUCAAGGAGGAGCCGGAGGGGCCAGCGCUGAAGCGGUGCCGGACCCUCAGCCCCACACACAUGGUGUUACCCAACAUCAUGGAGAUGAUUGCUGCCCUGGGCCCUGGCUCUGCACCCUUCCCGGCUCUUGCACCACCCCCAGCAGGUGCUGCUGCGGACUAUGGCACCACAGGUUCCAGCUUUCCAGCACCAGGGGGCUUCCCAGAGCCGUUCCCCACCCCCGGAGCCCCUGGCACACCGACGCUGAGUGACUUUGCACCAGGGCAUCCCCCCAUCUCCUACCAGCCCGACAUUCCCGGUGGCCUCCUGGCCCCUGAGAAGCCCCCACUCCCUGCACAGCUGCCCCCAACAGGGCGGAUGGACCCGUCCCACCCCCCGGUGCAGCCUGGGCUGCACAACCCCUCCCCGGCACAGCCAUUGCAUCACCGGAGCACACCAGCUCGGCCCCCCCUGGGACUCUCUGGCCCAACCCAUGCUGCCGAACUCCCCUUCCCUGCCACAACAGGUGAUGGGCCUGAGCCUGCCCUUGACCUCCUGCCCGAGCUGACGAACCCUGAUGAGCUCCUUUCCUACCUGGGCCCCCCUGACCUCCCCAGCAGCAGCAAUGACGACCUCCUCUCCCUCUUCGAGAACAACUAAACCAUCCUCGUCUCCCCACUGGACCUCCCCGUGGAACUUGGAGGGCAGCACUGGCAUGCCCCUGCCCACCCAAGAGUCAGGACCUGCCCCACUAUGGGGCUUCCCCAGAAGGGACAUGAUAGGACAGAGAGAGGGAUGGGCUUGCCACCAACCCCCCCCAGAAGCACAAGGCUGUACAUACUGUAGAAACUGUUCUCCCUACCCCCCCACUCCCCAAAACCCCCCACCCUGUAUUAAAGGCAAGUGCAUUGGUGUGGGGUUGGCCCACGCCCCUGUGUAUAUGUGCACACGCUGCUUCCCCCUGUAACACGUGCCCAGCCAGGGAGUGCAGGGUGCAUCCCCCCAGUUGCUCUGUGUACCCCCUGCUGUCCCCUGCCACCCAGCUCC